GGUAGAAGAGACACUUGGUCGGAUGGAUGGCUGGAUGGAAUCUCGGAUGACAGACUACUGCCUUUCCACCGUUUUCGAGAAUUUGGUGACUGACGAUCUUUGUCUCCAACGUGUUGCUGUUCCAGAUGAAGGUUGAAAUCGACUCAUUCUCCGGCUACCGUAUCUACCCCAGCAAGGGCCGCCUCUUCGUCCGGGGGGACAACAAGAUUUUCCGUUUCGCCUCCUCCAAGAAUGAGUCGCUCUUCUUGCAACGCAAGAACCCCCGUAAGCUCGCCUGGACGGUCGUUUACCGUCGCAUGCACAAGAAGGGUAUCACUGAGGAGGUCGCCAAGAAGCGUUCACGAAAGACCGUGAAGCACCAGCGUGGUAUCGUUGGUGCCGACCUUGCUGCCAUCGCUGCCCGCAGGAACCAGACCGCUCAGGUCCGGGCUGCCCAGCGAACAGCCGCCAUCACCAAGGCUAAGGCCGAGAAGAAGGCUAAGGAGGACAAGAAGGAGAAGGUCAAGGCUCCCCGUGCGCCCACCACCGCCGGCCCCAGAAUAUCGAAGCAGCAGAUGAAGGGUGGCAAGGGCGGCCGUUAAGCUACUUUCCCUGCAUUCCCCUUUCGCUUUGUAGGCUCCUAUGAUUUCGACUUUCAUUGCAUGCAGAAUUUAUGAGCCAGGCUCUGUCCUCAGCAUCUCCGGUCGUUCAGCGGUCACUCCGUCCACGAGACCUUACGCAUGCCGCCUUUGCAGUUAUGUCGAACAUGUAUGAGAUAUGCCACAUAU